AUGAAGAGGGGAACCCGGGUUGGUCUGACAGGUCUGCAGAAUCCUGGACUGGAGCUGGAGAUGACAGGAAGAGCCAACGCAGUCCAGGUGGACCUUCAGUUUGUGGAUGAGGUGAUCUCAGACGGAGCUGAUCCAAACAGCUCGGACAGAUACGGACAGACCAUCCUGCACGAGAUCUCCAGGGCCUGGACGGUGGAUGUGAUGCGAUUCUUCUUGGACCGGGGUUCUGACCUCCUCCAGCCGGAUCAGUUCGGAGUCACAGCGCUCCACGUGGCCUCAGCGCUGGACUACCAGGACAUGGUUCAGUUUCUCCUAGACAAAAAAGCUGAUCCAGAGGCUCGGACUCUUCUGGACCAGCAGACUCCUCUUCACUACGCUGCCAAGAACGCAGCUGUAGGUGCCAUCAGACUGCUGCUGCAGGCUGGAGCCUCCAUCAGCUGCACCGACUACAAGCACAGAACUCCGCUGCAGCUUGCCGCCAACCUCGAGCGUAGUGAAGCAGCUCAGGUGUUGUUGGAGCUCGGGGCAGAGGCAGGGAUGAAGGACUCAGAUGGACAGCUCUGUAUAACUGCUCUGAUUGGUCGAAUCAGCCCAGUGGCCCAGCUGGCACUCAGUCAGUUCCAUGUGACCGACAGAAUGACCAGACAGCAAUACUACUAUUUAAACCUGCUGGAGCCAGAACAACAGUCACCUGAGACCCACCUGCGAGAAGCUGUCGUCAGUGAGCCAACGUCUCCACUGGAGGUGGUGGUGCAGCAGCAGAAACUGGACCUCAUCAUGAAUCCAGUCUUUCUCAAACUGAUUCAGGUCAAAUGGAAACUCUAUGGCAGGCUGGGGGCGUGGCUUCUCCUCAUCCUUAACUUCCUGUUCAAUGUCUCCUGGACGACAGUUGCCCUCUCUGUGUCUGUCCAUCGAGACUCACCUGUUCGCUACGUCCUCCCUCAGGACUGGUGGCGUGUCCUCCUUGUGGUCCUGGCACUCCUCUUGACUCUGGAGGAGGUGCUGAGGGAGGUUCAGGACAUCCUGCGUUCAAGGAGGAAACUCCACCUCUGGCAGCGAUGGGCAGAGCGUCGUCUCCGUGACGACCUGCGUUGCUCACAUCCCAUGUGGCCUCAGGAGAGAGUGUUCCUCUCAGAUCAGAACAAACAGAUCCACAGGAUGAGAGGACGUUACAGCCAUGACUUGUGGAACGUGUUUGAUUGGCUGGUGUACUCUCUACUGACGGUGUCCUUCAGUGUUCAUAUGGCCGACGUCUUUCAUCCAUCUGUCCGUCUUUACACCAUCAGUCUACGUCUGUUCUCCAUCACCAUCAUCUUCCUGUGGCUGCGACUGAUGAAGCACGUCAGAGCCUUCAGACUGAUGGGUCCGUUCAUCGUCAUGUUGGGGAACAUCGUCGGGGACGUGAUGUGUUUCCUGUUCCUGUACGCUGAGAUCUUUAUUCCCUAUGCCUGCAGCUUCUGGAUCAUAUUCGGAGGUCAGUUUCCCAGCAUGCAGUACGUCUCAGGUCUGCUGUACAGCCUGUACCGCAUCACUCUGGUGGAUGAGUACGAGUACGCUGCUAUGGUGACGGUGGACGGUAUCAUGGCUCCUCUGCUCUGUGGAACGUUUCUGGCCGCGUCUUCCAUCCUGUGUGUCAACCUGCUGAUCGCCCUGCUCACCGACACCUUCCAGAGGGUGCACGAUAACUCGCAGGCUAAUGCUGUGAUGCAGCAGGCCGCCGUCAUCCUACAGGUGGAGGAGUCCAUGCCCUUCCUCCGCCGUUUCUAUGACAACCAGUACAUCGCCAACCACUGCGCACCACUGGCUGAAGCCUACGAUGACAACAUCACAACAGACCCGCAUUACCAUGGCGAGAUGGGCCACAUCACGGCACAGAUCAAAGAGACUCUGGAUCAGUUUCUAGUCCUGCAGAGAGACGUGGACAGAUGUGAAGGUUCUGGGACCUGGAGGGACAAGAACCAGAACCCGCAGACCCAAAACAUGCAGAACGAAGAGCCUCAGAAUCAGGAGCUCCGGGACCAGGAGCUUCGGGCUAUCCAAGCAGAACUGAAGGAGCUCCGGACUAUGAUCCAGCAGCUGGUUCAGACCAGGACUGACUCAGCUUAA